CACACAGCUUGUAGAAAACACCAGCCACCACUUCAGCCAACCGGUCCAACCCAGAAAUCUACGCACCCGCACCGCGAAACGCCGCAACAACAACAAUAAACAGCAAUCAUGUUUCUCCUCCGCACCUCCCGUUUCACCAUUCCUGCAACACGCGCCCGAGCAGCAGCACCGUUCCGCGUCUCCCAACCCUUCUCCACACUCCCACGCCUCUUCUCCGGCAGCGAUUACGGGUCCGGCGAACACAAUAAAGAAAAGAAUCUUGAAAGCGCGAGCCACGACAAGGAACAUCCAGGACCUGCUGCACCAUCGACAGGAGGCAAGAGCAGCAGCAGCAGCAAGAAGUCUAACGACAAGAGCGUCGAGAGCGGCUCGGAGAGCAGCAGCAGCAGUGAAGGAGCACAGCCUAAGAUCUUGAGCGAAUCACCGCCAAAGGAGAAUGAGCAGUCGGAUGAUGUCAAGUCGCACAACAAGGAGGUGAAGGCGCGUGUCGAAGGGACUUACAAGUCCAAGGAGAAGGAUACCCAUUCGUAGGGAGGCAAGAGGAGUUGGUUUCGGACAGGUUCUUUCAGUUUGUAGCAGUGUUCAUCACUGCUAGACGUACAACGACUGCGCCUGAAAGAAGGCGAGACGCCCGCUACGAGGGCGAGGAAAGGAUUGUUGUUAUUACUGUUGAAUCGGACUCUUUGAGGAGGUCGCGCGCAGUAAUGAAGAAAAGCAAGCCGGACAAAGCCCGUUUUUGUAAGCCGACAUUAUCCCCGCCGAGACUUCCCACUGGCACCAGGGGUGUUCAACUAGGUACAUGUAAUAUUGCAAAACCCAAUAAAUGGUCGUCAAAGACAC